GGAGGAAGCACGGAACCUAGAGACAUGGGAGUUCCAGGAAUGUUCCACCUUCUCCUCCUGUGCUUGAGCCCAGCACUGCUGUCUGCUGUGCGGAUCAACGGGGAUGGCCAGGAGGUCCUGUACCUGGCAGAAGGUGACAAUGUGAGACUGGGCUGCCCCUACAUCCUGGACCCUGAGGACUAUGGUCCCAGUGGGCUGGACAUUGAGUGGAUGCAGGUCAAUUCAGACCCUUCACAUCGGGAGAAUGUGUUCCUUACUUACCAGGACAAGAGAAUCAACCAUGGCAACCUCCCCCAGUUACAGCAGAGGGUCCGCUUUGCAGCCUCAGACCCCAGCCAGUAUGAUGCCUCCAUCAACCUCAUGAACCUGCAGGUAUCAGACACAGCCACUUAUGAGUGCCGGGUGAAGAAGACCACCAUGGCCACCCGGAAGGUCAUUGUUACCGUCCAAGCUCGGCCUGCCGUGCCCAUGUGCUGGUCUGAGGGCCACAUGGCACAUGGCAACGAUUUGGUGCUAAAGUGCUUUGCCAAUGGGGGCACCCCGCCUCUCUCCUAUAAGUGGGCCAAGAUCAGUGGGCACACCCACCCCUACCGUGCAGGAUCCUAUCAUUCCCAGCACAGUUUCCACUCUGAGCUGUCCUAUCAGGAGUCCUUCCACAGCUCCAUAAAUCAAGGUCUGCUGAACAACGGAGAUCUGGUGUUGAAGGACAUCUCCCAUGAGAACGAUGGGCUGUAUCAGUGCACGGUGGCCAACCAUGUGGGCUACAGUGUGUGUGUGGUGGAGGUGAAGGUCUCAGACACCCGGCGUGUAGGCAUGAUCAUCGGGGCAGUGCUGGGCUGUUUGCUCGCGCUGGGCUGCCUGCUGGUGGGCAUCUGGGGGCUCGUCUGCUGCUGCUGCGGGGCUGGCGGCUCCCGCGGCGCCUUCGGCUACAGCAACGGCGGCGGCGGGGUCGGCGGAGGGGCCUGCGGAGACUUGGCUAAUGAGAUCAGAGAGGACGCCGUGGCGCCCGGGUGCAAGGCCAGUGGGCGCGGCAGCCGCGUCACCCAGCUGCUGGGGUACCCGACGCAGACCGUCAGCCGCUCCCUGCGCCGCAAGUAUGCGCCCCCGCUCAGCGGCGGCCCCGAGGACGUGCCCCUGGCGCCCCGCACCGCCGCCGCCUGCGAAGCAGGCCCCUCCCCGGUCUACGUCAAGGUCUCCAGCGCCGAGCCCGACUGCGCGCAGGGCUCGCGGCCGGGCAAGGACGGUCUGCUGGUGUGA